AUGAUCAGCGUUGGGCUUCCGUGGAAAGAUGCCUCGACAAGCCGCAUUGUCCGCCUUGUGCAAGUUGUUUCGCAGUUCACUGCUGCUGUGAUUGAUAUUGCUCUUAAUGCUUCAGACAUAGCCAAUGGCCCCACAGAUACAGGUGCUUCGGUCUACGCUAUCGUCAUCGGGUCUUUAUCUACACUGACUGCGAUGUUAUUUGCAAUCGAUAUUCUCUUCCCAUUUCCUAGCAGGCUUUGGCUGCUUUGGGUUCUGACCUGGCAAUGGGUUCUCACUUUUGCCUGGACGGGCGUGAUUGCGGCAUUUCGCGGGAAGUAUUUCGACAACCAAUCCACCCAAAUUGAAGUUGCGGCUGGAUUCAACAUUGCCAACAUGCUGCUGUGGCUGACGGGCUCUAUCUUUGGUACCAUUACAAUGUGUUUCAGGAGGAAACUGGGCGGGAAAAAGCCAGAUGACGCGGGCGCUUCCCAUGAUCUCUACGAGCGUUCCUGCUGA